GCUCACUUGGGAAAAAAUCCCCUCUCUCUCAGCUGGGGAGUGACAGCAGUCCCACUGGUUUUAAUGGUGCGGUGCCUUUAAGUUAAUUUACGCACAACUUGCACAUGCAACGAUAUAUUUUUUAGUGAUAUCUCACUUUGUAUCUUCAUGAAAGACUGAUUUCACAAAACAGAAAAAAAUCAUGUCAUCCUCUGAUUGGCCACGUGCAGGCACAACCUCAGCAGACUCGUGGUAGCGGAGAAGUGAUCGGCUCCUGCUCCAGCCUACAGGUAGUGCCGCGCUCAGAUGCAGCUGUUUCUCCACAUAGUACACGCUGUUCAACUUUUUCCUGAGCUUGUAAUCGCUUGAAGGCGUGAAGACACUGGAUGACAGCGGACCUCCUGGUGCACAGAGUCCGGCACUGAGGCGCGCACACAUUUCAGCACCCUGGACAGAGCGCGGCGCCGCAGUGGUGAUGCGUGGAUUCAACCGGUGGCUUUCAGCAGUGUGAGGGGACCGCUUCACUGAAUGUUACAUAAAAACUCUUUGUGUUCCACAUGUGGGAGACGCUCCUCGCUCUCUGGAUCACUUGGACUAGUGCGUUUUCCUUCUUAUUUCCACACAGCGUCUCCGUCGACUCCAUCGUGUGGGUAGGCGUGCCGUUUGGAUGCGUGGUUGACUUCAGAAGCCGUGCUGAGCAGCGUGGAAUAAGGUGACUGUCAGGCGGGCGGAGUGGUGUAGUGGUGUAGUGGUGGUGGUGGUGCCUAUAAGAGACCCUCCAUUUAUAAGGAUGCUGGUGGGAAAUGCCUGGAGACAGAGAUGACGAGAUUUGUCAAAAGGCACUUGAACUCCUGUCAGACCUUUGUUCGAAGGGGGAAGUGCAGAACGAACACUGCCUGGAUUUUAUCUACUAUUUCCGAGACCUUGCCAGGCCACGCUACACGGAUUCAGAUAUAUCGGUGAGUCUGUUGUCACUGGUGGUGACCGCCUGUGGCUUGGCCCUGUUUGGGGUCUCCUUGUUUGUCUCCUGGAAGCUGUGCUGGAUACCAUGGAGGGAGCGUGGGCUCUCCCCCACCACCAAGGAGGCCCAUGGGCACCUCAACCCCUCCAUGAGCCCUCUGCCCUCGCAGCCCGCACCCAGGCAGCCAGUUUACACAGCCGUGGACCCCCCGACACACAACCGCCGUGAGUCAUCGCAGUGCUCCAUCGCCAGAGAGCCCACGCCUAUGGCAUCUGUGGUGUCAGUGGAGGCUCCAGUGACUCCCUUGUCACCGCCACCCGUGGUCAUGGCCACACCAGAGGCAGCUAUGAAGAUCAGUCACACAUCUCCAGACAUCCCUCUGGACGCGCAGAGUAAAAGCCGGGAAAAUGGGGUUCACACCAACCCUCGCAUGCAGAGACAGACCACUGAACCGUCAUCCUCUGGUCACUCAAUAUCUGAAAUUGGGUCAGUACAAGGGUCCAUUCGCAGACAUAUGAACCUGUCCAACCCAGACUUCAAUGUGGCCCAGUUCCAAAGGCAGGACUCCCUCACUGGAAUGGGGCUGGGCCUUGGUCGUCUCAAACCCGAGCUGUACAAACAGCGCUCCCUUGAGGGAGACGAAGGCAGUCGCAGAGGCGGCGGCUGUGGGCGCCUCCAUUUUAUCCUCAAAUUUGACUGUGACCUGGAACAGUUAAUAGUUAAGAUCCACAAAGCAGAGGACCUGCCAGCCAAGGACUUCUCCGGUACCUCUGACCCUUAUGUUAAGAUCUACCUGCUCCCCGAUCGUAAGACCAAGCACCAGACCAAGGUGCACCGCAAGACGCUGAACCCUGUGUUUGAUGAGGUCUUCCUGUUUCCUGUGGCGUACUCUGAGCUUCCCACACGUAAGCUGCACUUCAGCGUCUACGACUUCGACCGGUUUUCGCGCCAUGACAUUAUUGGCCAGGUGGUUGUGGACAACUUCCUGGAUCUGGCAGAUUUCCCCAGGGAGACGAAACUCUGCCGGGAAAUCCAGUACGUCUCCUCGGAUAACGUGGACCUCGGGGAUCUGAUGUUUUCACUCUGUUACUUGCCGACUGCAGGCAGAUUGACCAUCACCAUGAUAAAGGCUCGCAAUCUCAAGGCCAUGGAUAUCACUGGUGCAUCUGAUCCAUAUGUGAAGGUUUCAUUAAUGUGUGAUGGUCGCAGGCUGAAGAAGAGGAAGACGUCGACGAAGAGGAACACUUUGAAUCCGGUCUAUAAUGAGGCUAUCGUCUUUGAUGUCCCUCCAGAAAAUAUAGAGCAGAUCAGCCUUUUGAUUGCAGUGAUGGACUAUGACCGUGUAGGCCAUAAUGAGGUCAUCGGUGUGUGUCGGGUUGGCAAUGAUGGAGACAGCCUCGGUCGAGACCACUGGAGUGAAAUGCUCACAUGUCCCCGAAAACCUGUCGCCCGCUGGCAUCCUCUCGUUGAGUACCAGGGGACCACAGGUAGUAGCCAGGGAGGAUCCUGUAAUUCUCUGAAGACACCUCCUUCUCCGUAGCCUUGAGCAACACUUAAGCAACACACAUAUAAGAGCACCAAUCAACCGGAAGCCUUGGCUCUACCUUUGGACAGUUGUGCUGCUGAGUGAUGCGCAUAUAUGGUUCUAAAAGAAGAAUGCAGACAUCGAAUAACUACUGUGGAAAUGAGAGACACAAACUGUCUUGAGCUCUGCUCAGUUGGAUCAGUUGCAUGUUGAAUGACCGCAAAGAUGGAUGUUUUCUUUUCUAUAAUGUUCCAUAAGAAAAACAACAGGCGUAUAUGCAGACAUUUUAAGUCUGUGCUAUCCCUGGGUUUAUACAGUAGUUACUGUUUUCUACAUAGUCUUGUUACUUGUUUUAAUGAGGUGAGUCUGUAUUUGCACAAUUUACUUACAACCAGUUGAACUGCCAUACUGUUUUUUUAAUUUGGUGGUGAAUUGGUGCAUGAGGUCAUGGUUUGGUGGGAUAUCUUCUCCUUGUUUGUUUGUUUCUGUUUCUAUUUUUGGGAAUAAGAUGUGUCGUUCUGUCAGUUGAUGUGCAGUGACAGUUGAUUUCUAGACAAAGUAUCUGUAAGAAAAAUAUGUUAAAUGUUAUCAAUAAAUAUUAUUCCAUUAAAAAAA